CUCCGGUUCACUAUACUGCUGCUCUUCAGGACACCUCUCCGUCCAUUCAUCCCGGGGAUUGUACACUACACCCUCUUAUUCCGGAGCUUCCUCCUUCUCCACGUGACCAGUCACAUGACCAUGACGUCAUCAAAGGUCCUGGAGCCCGGUAACAUCUAUCAUCUGCCAUGUCGGAGGCUCCCGAAGCGGGGUCGGCAGCCUCGGGGCUGUGCGCGGUGUCCGUGCUCUGCUGCCUGGCCCUGGCCUGCUCCUAUGUGGGCAGCCUGUAUGUGUGGAAGAGCGAGCUGUCCCGGGAUCACCCCGCAGUCAUCAAGAGGAGGUUCACCAGCGUCCUGAUCGUGUCCUCACUGUCCCCCGUGUUCCUGUGUGUCUGGAGGGAGCUGACCGGCAUCAAGACCGAUGCAGCCAUACUUUCUCUUAUGGGUUUCCGCUUAGAUGGGAUCCUCACUGCAACAAUAUUACCACUGCUACUCACCAUGAUUUUAUUCCUUGGCCCUCUUGUCCAGCUAUCUGUGGAUUGUCCAUGGGGACUUCUUGAUGGGUUAAAAGUUACUUUUGAUCCCCGUUUUUGGAGACUCUGUUUCACUGACAUGCGAUGGCUUCGUAACCAGGUGAUUGCCCCUCUCACAGAGGAGUUGGUCUUUAGAGCCUGCAUGUUACCUAUGUUGGUACCAUGUACUAGUCCAGGGAGAGCUAUUUUUACGUGUCCGCUGUUUUUUGGCAUUGCUCAUUUUCAUCAUGUCAUUGAACAACUGAGGUUUCGGCAGGGAACCGUUCUUAGCAUAUUUCUGUCUGCUGCUUUUCAGUUUUCAUACACUGCAGUGUUUGGAGCAUACACAGCAUUUAUCUUCAUAAGAACAGGACACAUAAUAGGACCCGUUCUUUGCCAUUCAUUCUGUAAUUACAUUGGAUUCCCGGCCAUAUUUACAGCUUUGGAACACCCACAACGUGCAACUAUUUUCUUUUUCUAUAUCCUGGGCGUUGUCUUGUUUUUCUUGCUGCUCUACCCCAUGACAGAUCCCAGUCUGUAUGGGGACAUUCCUAUCUGCUAUCUACUGGAAAAAGGAUCCAGGGACCAUCGUUCUCUGUGUUUAUGACUAUAAACACUGUCUUUAAACUCCAUGGCCACAAGGACUUGACUGAAAAGAAAAUAUAGGGUAUAUUUUGAUGAACAUAUCUUAUCCACUGGUUAAAAAAAAAGAAAUAAUAAUAAUUUUGCACCAAGUGAACAACAUAACUGAUGCGGUUGGUAAAACUUUGUUAUGGGUAUUGCUUGAACUGAUGAAUGGUAACAAGAUGAACAGUUUUGUGCGAGCCAUCUUUAUAGAAGGAAAAAAAAAUCUUCAUUUUUCAGAAGAUGUACUGUACCCAUCCGAGUAUACAACUGAACUUGCAUAUCUAUUAACAUUUUUAGGACUAGGUGUUUGUCGCCACCAGAUAACAACAUAUAUUUUUGGAUGUAAAUUUAUUCCAUAUUGCUCUAUUUUUUUACAUUCGAUGUGGACCCAGGCAUAAUUUAUCAGCUUUUUGGUGAAAAGAAAAUAAAACCAGUCAAGGUUUUUUUUUUUUGUUUUUUUGCGGACAGUUCAACGUUUACACUUUUUUUUUUCUCUCUUUGGUAAUCUACUACAGAAGAUCUACUUUCUAUAUUUGAUCUUAACUUUAAAUGAUGUUGGGAGUUUGCAAAAUAGGUUUAUUAUAUUUUUAUGCAAAAUGUCUAUAAGCUGCUAGAAGAUCUUGCCAACUAAAGGGAUGAUGCAUUUGUCAGCACAACAUUUGGUUGUAGACAUUGAUAAUGGUGCACCUGCUGCUACUGAAUGUAUUUUUAACAUUUUGUCUAGUGUAACUGCAUUCUCAUAAAAGCAAUAUUCUGUGUUUGUUUUAUGAACGUAUUCCUUUUUGGCUUUUUUAUCCCUUUUUUAUUUCUUUGUACUUGCCAAAGCAAUGUGAGUGGUUAAUGCAUAAAGGUUAAACCCCUUCCUGUUCUUUGG